GCUUGUGCCGAGUUUCUUAGGGUAUGAGGCCUCUUUUACCCUUUCCCCUUUUUCCUUUGGUUUGUUUGGUUCUUCAGGCCUGUGGCAAUCCUUUGUUGUUGAGAGCCUGGUUUCAGCACAGCGGCCUAGAUUUGGUCAUCUCUGUUCCUAGACUUCCUCGGGCUCUUUUGUGCUUUGUUUUGAUUGAGCUGAUGCUCACAUUGUCAAGCUAAACUGGCUGAUGCUGCCAGGAUAACUCUGGGGGCCAAGUCCUACUAGCAGCAACUCAACACCUGAACUGUUUGUGGAGAUGCGCGGCUGAAGAUACUCAAUGUCAUUCUGCACAUUUCCUCAAUAUGCAUGCCCUUACAUCUCGACAUCAAGUACCUUCGUCUGUCCGUCCCAUUCUACUUCUGGCAAGCGCUUGCUCUGCGAAGUCGUUGGAUGUACGGGGAAUGUCUCAGCCACGCCGUUGUACUAUUGCUCCGCUUCGGCCUCCUGCAAGUACAUCUCUCCUCAGCAGAGCUUCAGGUGUCCAGAACACUCGGGUUCCUCAAAAGCGGUUGCGGUAGAAGUGGGAGCAGCGGUGACAGGCACAUCAGGGUUUGUUAAAGAGAGCUUCCCGUUCAUGAUAACGGAUGAUCUGCAGAUUUUCAGAUUGUCGACGAUUCGCAGUAUCCAGUUGCUAAAUGAGAUGAAGAUAACGAACAUGGGAGACUUGUCAGGUGUCCAAGUCAAUGUGGGAAAGGAGGAGAUUCUUAAGCUGAUUCGUCUCGCGAUCACCAGCCAGACUGGAGUGCUGACCGCAGUGUUCAGCAAACAGUUCUCGGAGCAUCUGAAGAAACGCGAGUCUCACAAGGAGACCAAAUGAGUGUCGGCAUUGACAUGAUUGAGUGCAUAUUCGCGGCGGGUGCACAGCGAUCCAUAGUUGGCCAGCAGAGCGAGGUGCGUCUGUGAGGUUGAUAUGUGUGUGCACUGGCGGCUGCGUUUCCAUCUAUUAGCAACACAGUAAAAAACAUUUUGGCUGUUUACGAAAGAGGAAUGCACAUAUCAUGGGGAGGGACGACAGAGAGAGGGAGUGGGUCGGUUGGGGAUCGUCGGCAAGAGACAUGUGAGCUCGGGCUUGUGAAAUGUCAGAGUUUCUUUUCUUCUCUUCUCUUUGAAUACGAUGUACCAUAAAACCUUGGGCUGCAGAGAACAUGUUUGUAGAUAAAUUGGUGUUACACAU